UCUCCUGUCAGCAGAGUCAGCGACAGUACCACUGACCACAGCGGUCACCACAGAGACUUCUUCCACAAAUGGGCCAUUGUAACAACUAGCACCUCGCCUUCUUCAAGCCAUCCGCACCUUACAACCGCAUCACAAUCUUUAAGGUUUCCAUUUACCAUCUUUGAGGCAUUUUCCAUCUAAGGUCGGAGAAAAUGGCAGCAAUUCCAUCAACUGGCUCCCUCAUCGCCACCAAUGAUUACUAUAGAAGGCGCCUUGGGUCCAACUCCAGCAACAGCUCCUGUGGCAGUGCUGAGUACACAGGGGAGGUCAUUCCACACCAUCCAGGACUUCCAAGGCAAGAUUCUGGCCACUGGUGGACUUCAUUUUUCUUGGCAAAACCAAACCAGCCCGGCAUGCAGAAUGGAUCUGACUUUCAUAAGAACGGAACCUACACAGUGGCUGACGGCCAGGUGACCUGCAUUGCCAGGGAAAUGGUUAUGAAGAGACGACUCAGUGAAAGCAGUGACAAUGGAAAGUCUGAAACAUCUAACCCUUCACCUACUUCCUCCUAGCCUCCACCCCCUGCCACUGCCUCACCUUCCUGCCGCCUGCUGCCCUCUCUCACCUCCCCUCACCCUCAGCCUGCCAUUCAUCACAUUAUCCAUCACUGGAGAUCAUGAUGUCGAUUGUGUUUGUUACCUUAGUCAGUGCUUUUUUAUUUUUGCCUGUAUGUAUAGUAUAUUUUUAUCAUGACCAAAAGUAAAAAAAAAAAAAAAUAUGUAAAAUGUU